CCCGCCCCGAGCGGUGACGUCACCGCCCUCGCCGGCGAUUGGCCCAGGGCGGGCCGCGGCAGCAAAUGGGCGCCUGGCACCGGGCGCGGCUCUGCAAAUCUUUACUCCGCGGCGGCCUCCCGCCGAUUCCCGGGCCGCUGCUCCGCGUCCCCGCUUUUCCUCCUUCGUGACUACCCGUCCGGAGCAGCUGCCCGAGGAGGGUAGAGGGCACAGGGUCAAGCCUUUGCAGCACCGAACGACGUGGAUAGGACUCGGAGCUUCAGUGACCGGACCAAGGACACAGGCACCACCUGCAGAGGCAAAAACGUGGACCCCGCCCGGCCCCUGGCUCCCAAACGCUCUGCUUUGCGCGGGUGGGAAGAGCACUGUGGCAGCCAGCAGAGCGCGCGGCCCGGGCAUGGCCGAGGAGCGCCGCGGGUCCUGGUUCGGCUUCGGUUUCUGCGGCUUCGGGCAGGCGCCGGGCUCCGGGCGCGGGCGCCAGGUGCUCAGCCCCGAGCCGCUGCAGACACCCGGCUCGGGCGCCGACGUCCGCCGCGUGAGCGCCAGUUGGAGCUACACCGCCCUCGUGACCCGUGGAGGCCAGGUCCGGCUGUCGGGCGCGGCGCGCGGCGCGGCGGGCGGCUGCAGGGACGCGUGGGCCUCGGAGGCGCAACUCGUGGUGCUGCGCGCGGGGCCGGGGCGCGGGGCCGGGCCGGAGCUGCAGGCCUGGGCGCCGGCUUCGGCGAUGCGCGGGGAGCCCCUGUGGGCCCGCGCCCUGGGGCCGGAGGCCGAGGCGGAAGGCGCGGCGCGCGGCGAGCCCCCGGCGGGCGCGCUGCCCCUGCUGCCCCUGCUGCCCGGCGCGCGCGCCUACGUGAGCCCGCGGCCGCCCUUCUGCCGCGCUCUGGCCCCGGAGCUGCGGGCGCGCCGGCUGGAGCUGGGCGCCGAGCACGCGCUGCUGCUGGACGAGGCGGGCCAGGUGUUCUCCUGGGGCCAGGGCAGGCACGGACAGCUGGGCCACGGGAGCCUGGAGGCCGAGCCGGAGCCGAGGCUGCUGGAGGCGCUGCAGGGCCUCCCCGUGGCAGAGGUGGCCGCCGGCGGCUGGCACUCGGUGUGUGUGAGCGAGACUGGGGAUAUUUAUAUCUGGGGCUGGAACGAAUCAGGGCAGCUGGCCCUGCCCUCCAGGAGCCUGGCAGAGGAUACAAAGACGAUUCCGAGGGAAGCCAGUGGACUGAACGAAGAUGGCUUUGAAGUGAGAAGAACAGCCAAGGGUGAGGAUGGAGCCCCGGCCCCCUUCAUAGCCAUCCAGCCCUUCCCAGCUUUACUGGAUCUUCCCCUGGGCGCAGAUGUAGUCAAGGCCAGCUGUGGAUCCCGGCACACAGCGGUGGUGACCGGAACUGGGGAGCUCUACACCUGGGGUUGGGGUAAAUAUGGACAGCUUGGCCACAAGGACACAACAAGCUUGGAUCGGCCCUGCCGUGUGGAAUACUUUGUAGACAAGCAACUCCAAGUAAGGGCUGUGAGCUGUGGGCCCUGGAACACCUACGUGUAUGCUGUGGAGAAAGAGGGGAGCUGACCUCUACAGCUAGGGCGUAACACAAAUGUAUAAUACAGUAACUUAAACAUUUAACACCAGUGACACUCCCACCCCAGCCAAGGAAACCACUGCGAGCACCCCAGUGGCCAUGCAUUUGCCCCUCCCAAUCACAGCCCUCUUGCCUCACCUUAGAGGUGCAUCUUCAUCUUCAGUUCUGUCUUCCUGUUGAAGCUUUGGAAGGGAAGGCCCAAGGCCAGCCCUGCAGACAUAGUGAAAUCUGAACCUCUGGGUGGGGGGCCCAGAUGAGGGUAGGUUUUAAAUCACCCCCCCCCCAACCCAAGGUAAUUGAGGUCAUGCCAAGAUUGGGGACCAGCAGGGGUCAUCGUUGUCAUCCUUCCUUACCUAUUUUCACUUGGAAUUUUAUCACCCUUGUAUGCAUCCGUAUUCAGUAGACUUUAGUUUGCUUUCAACUUUAUGUAAAUGGCAUCAUUCUGUUUAUGCUCCUUUGUGGCACUUUUUCAUUCAGCACUAUAUGAUCCACUUAUGCUGUGCCCUGCCGUUCAUUCAUUUUUACUGUUAAUGCAAUAUUCAGUGGUGUGAAUAUACCUCAUUAUAUGUUCUUUUUUUGAUGGUCAUUUUUUCUGGAGUUAAAAUAUACAUAACAAUGUACCAUCUUAACCAUUCUUAAGUAUGUAUAUCAGUAGUAUUAAAUAAAUUUACAUUGUUGUGCAACCAACA